CAAAACCUCAGAAAAUUUUAAGCCAUUGCAUCACUGCUUUUUGGAGCCUUACCAUUCUGGAGCCCUCCGACACAUGAAUCGCCCGAUUUGCCGAAAUGGAUCAGCAUCCACAGGAGCCUUUUUGCAACAGAAAAUGAAAAAGAACCUCAGAUCGGGGAAGGAUAUUCUCCUGGUAUUGACGUUGACUGGAUUUCGUGUGAUGCUACCGGUGGAGGUUCCAAAUUCCUUCUCAACUGCAACCAUGAUUGAUGCCUGGACCAGCACAUGAACAAGUAUUUGGCACGCAAAAGGAUUUUCUGCACCUUAUCUUUGCUAAGAGUGGAAAACAGUGAGCUUUUUGGAUGGAUUUUGCUGCAUUGCCCAGGCUGUUAAGUUUGGAACUGAUCAGAAACAUUCUCAAUUAGACUGCAAUAUGCUGAACUGUAUUGCAAGGCUCUUCUUCAAAUUGUACAGCUGAAAUUUGCCACUUGAAUAUCUUGAAGUGUUCUGGCGUUGGUCAUCUUGCCAUGGAAUUAGACUUCAGUAUAGAUGAACUGGUUGACUUGAGCUUCCUAACAGAGGAGGAGCAGGAUAUGAUUAUACAGGUUCUGUACCGCGAUACCGAACUCCGCUUAUUGGAGGAACAACGUAUCAAGAAGUUACAACAAUCAAUUCAUGAUCCAGAACGACUAAAAAUUGCAACAGGAGAUUGGUUCAAGGAAGCCAUGGCAAAGCGCCACACAGACAACCGAUUCGGAUCCGACAUUAUCCGGGCUUCCAUUCGUAAGAAGAAAAGAACAAAAGAUAAAGGAGAAAAGUGGGUGACAAUUAAUGAGGAGAAAGUCAUUACUGAUGAACAGAGCGACCGCAACCAAGAGGAACAUGAGAAUGAGAAUGUCAUUGUAACUAACGAAGAGACAAUUAAUUCUGAACUGGUGAAUACAGCAGUAGAUGAGACAAAUUACAAACAGUCAGGAAGUAACAACAGUUCAAUUAACGACGAAUGCUAUGUUACAUCAAAUGAGGAAACUUUUACUUUAGACACUGAUGCCCAGAUCAAGCAGGAUGGUAACGAGGACUCUGAGACAAAAGUUGCUGUGGACAAUGACUCGUCGGGAACUGAGAACAAGAUUUUGGUGCCAGUUAUUGCAGUGGAGAGUGAUGAUCCAAUUGAUGAUGUUGGCGUUGAUGAUGGUGCUGAUAAUGUUAGUUCCCAGGACAAUAAAGAGGCCAACUUGCAAGCAGAAGAUGUGGAUAUCAACAGCUCCACAUCUAAUUUGGCCCCUGAAAUGGAUGUCAACAGCUCGAUGUCCAGUUUAUCAUCAAAUGCUCUUAGUGGCAGUAUGAUGAGUCUGUACAGCAACAAUGAUGUUGGAAGUGUGGAUGUGAGGGGCAAUAUCACUUUCUCACUCCAUUAUAAUGAGGGCAAAAGUGAGUUUUGUAUCCACGUGGUGAAAUGCAAUGAUCUGGCUGAAGCCAAGAAAAGCUAUUCCAACCCCUAUGUGAAGAGUUAUCUUCUCCCAGACAAAUCAUCUCAAGGCAAGCGAAAGACCUCAGUGAAGAAGAAAACCCUGAAUCCUAUGUAUAAUGAGCAGUUAAUGUACAAACUGGAGAAAGCAGAACUGCAGAGUCGGACUCUAAACCUCUCAGUGUGGCACAGGGAUCACUUUGGGCACAAUCUCUUCUUGGGAGAGGUGGAGAUCGUGCUGGAGCUCUGGGGCUGGGGUAAUACCUACCCAACAACAUAUGCCCUUCAACGGCGGAUGGCUGCUCCAUCAAACACGAACCAAAGCAAAGGUCAGCUGUACUUGUCCCUGAAAUUCAUCCCAGCAGGAUCAUGUGAUCAAGGAUUACCUUCCACAUCGGAAGUGCACAUCUGGCUAAAGGAAGCACGAAAUCUAAUCCCCAUCCGACCCAAGGGCAUCAACUCCUUUGUUAAAUGUCGUAUUCUACCAGAUGUCAAUAAGUCCAGUCAACAGAAGACCAGAGUGAUGAAGAAAGACCUGAAUCCUGUUUAUAACCACACAAUGGUAUAUGACGGCUUUCAGGCAGAUGAUGUGCGUGAGACCUGCGCAGAAUUCACCGUCUGGGACCAUGAUACCUUUUCCAACCAGCUCCUGGGAGGACUGAGACUCAGUCUGGGAACAGGUUUCAGCUAUGGCCAAUCUGUCAACUGGAUGGAUUCAAAUGAGGAAGAGAUUUCUGCGUGGCAGAGGAUGCUUGACAUUCCUGGCGAGUGGGUGGAAACCGUAUUACCACUCCGAUCCAAUGUGUUACCCAGGGAAUGAUCACAGACCUGGAGAGCACUUCUGAAAAAUAUUAUUAAUAAAAUGUGUGGGUUAGCUAUUCCUUUAGAACAUUAUGCAUGGGUCGUUGGAUCUAAAAUGAGAAGCCAAUUAUUUGCUGGGGGUAGGAGAUGUCACUACUGCCUCUUUUGAAGAGACAAACAACUGAGAAUUUGGACAUUUAGGUGAGAAGAUGUAAAGGAAGAGAAGAACUGGGAUAAGAUCAACUUCCAAGGCAGGAUCUGGGUCAGGGAAUGAGAACUGGGACCAAGCAAGAACUAUAAGUUCCGCCCCACCUCCACCUCAGAUCUGCAGACAAUGUAUGGCCACCACUGGUUGCUUUCUGAAGGCUUUUAUUUCACUGGCAUUCAACUCUAAAAGGAAACUUUUAUUGGAAGUUAAGCCCUGGUUGACAAAUUAACUGUGAAAUGUUUAUAAAUCAGAUGGAUUCAAGUGGGAAGACUUUUAUUGCAAAUGACAGCCUUUUGUCAGUGUGGAAUAGAUAAUGAUUUCAGUGUAAUUCCCUAAAUCCAUCUGCAGGUCCUUACAAUUUACAAUCGAGCAUUUGGGAGACUGGUGGAUCAAGUGACAUGAUUUGCCAGCUAUUCUGGGGGUUUCAGCCAUCUUCUCCUGUGUGCAAACUUGGUUUGUACCAAUAUUUGAAUGGUUGCUUUAAACGCCCUGCUUUAACUACAUGUUACCUUUGUAUGGCUUAUGAUUUUAUUUAAAUACGUUGCUAGGUGCCUGCAUGUCUGACUCAUGAACUGGGCAACAAACCUAGGGAGAGCCAGACAUGAGAAAUUCUUAAAGUGUUUGAUGUGUGAAGCUUUUUUUAAUGUUAUCUUCUAAUGAUCCAAUUAAUUAAAUAAAACCUUCUUCAAAGUUCCUGAUAUUUUCAAAUUUUAAUAUAUAAAAUUGUUAACCUAUACUUUUUCAACCAAUAAACCUACAGCAUUUUCUGCAUUGCAUACUUAUCACAACAUUAGAAACUAUCUGGUCCAUGCUGGUUUCCAGUCAGUCUCCUGUUCCCUUUUUUAAGUUCUUUCUCCCAUGCCAAAGAACUCCCCUUUUAUUCUUUACCUUCACUAAAGUGUCUGUGGUGGAGUGGCAUCCGCACCGGCCUUCGAGGCAAGUGGUCCUGGGUUCGAACCCGGCCGGCUCCUUGCCCAUUUUCCAUCUGUGCUGGGUCGAGCAUCGAGCUAGCAACUCGGCCUCAUAACAAACAGACAAAUGCUAAAGAAAUGGCAAGAUUGCUGUCCAACGCACCAUGAGGCGCGGAAAGGAACAACAAACAAAAAUAAAGGGUAAUGUACAGUGAGCAAUUAAUCUAUGGGAUGUGGAAAGAUCCAGAGUAACCAGCAGACACUCACAAUACUGCAGGGAAACAUGCACUUGUACAAUUUGACUAUUUUUAUCUUCAUGAGCUUUCCUCACUUCCUUAGUUUCACCAGUCUAAGUAUUACAGAAUAACAUGUCAUCAUCGGUGGUUAUCUUUUGAUUGCAGCUUGGUCUCAGUUAACUGUAAACCAAUUCCAAACUGACCUGAGUUUUUUUUUACUAUUUAAAGACAUAACACAUUGGGCAGACCCCUUAUAAUCAUAGUCAUAGUCAUAGUCAUACUCUAUUGAUCCCAGGGGAAAUUGGUUUUCGUUACAGUUGCCCAUAAAUAAUAAAUAGUAAUAGAACCAUAAAGAGUUAAAUAGUCAUAUGUAAAUUAUGCCAGUAAAUUAUGAAAUAAUUCCAGGACCAGCCUAUUGGCUCAGGAUGUCUGACCCUCCAAGGGAGGAGUUGUAAAGUUUGAUGGCCACAGGCAGGAAUUACUUCCUAUGACGCUCAGUGUUGCAUCUCGGUGGAAUGAGUCUCUGGCUGAAUGUACUCCUGUGCCCACCCAGUACAUUAUGUAGUGGAUGGGAGACAUUGACCAAGAUGGCAUGCAACUUAGACAGCAUCCUCUUUUCAGACACCGCCGUCAGAGAGUCCAGUUCCAUCCCUACAACAUCACUGGCCUUCCGAAUGAAUUUGGGCCCCUUAGAUAGGGGGCCCAAAACUUAUCUGAGUUUUGGGCCCCUUAUCUAAGAGAAGAUUUGCUGGCCAUUAGGGAGUCUGGAGGAGGUUCAUGAAAAUUAUCCCAGGAAUGAAAAUUUUAACAUACAGCAGGAGGCAAGUUUGACGGCCCUGAACCUGUUCUCACUGGAGUUUAGAAGAAUGAGAGGGGAUCUUAUUGAAACCUGUCGAACGUUGGAAGGUCUGGAUAAAUUGGAUGAAGGAGAGGAUGUUUCCUAUAGAGGGAGAGUCUAGGACCGGAGGACACAGCCUCAGAAUUGAGGGGUGUCCAUUUACUACAGAGAUGAGGAGGAAUUUCUUCAGCUGGGGUGAGGGUGGAGGGGGUGAAUCUGAGGAAUUCAUUGCGCAGGCCAAGUCAUUGGGUAUAUUUCAGGCAGAGGCCAAUAAGUUCUUGAUUAAUCAGGACGUCAAAGAUUAUGGGGAGAAGCCAGGAGAAUGGGCUUAAGGGGUAAAAUAAAUCAGCCAUGACAGAAUGGUGGAGCAGGCUCGAUGUGCUGAAUAGCCUAACUCUACACCCAUGGCUUUAUCUCUUCCUUGGAUAUUUCUCUCACAAUGUUGUGGAACCUUAAAUUCUUCUCACAAUUUCUUCAUCACAUUGCUGACCAGUAAACCAUUUCCUACCAGAAGUCACCUCCUAAUCUCUCCACAACCUUGUUCCCCAGCUUGUUUGCUUUAAUGAACCCACCUUUACUUUGAAUGUUCAAUUGCUUAUUUCAAUAGACUAGUCGAUUUAGAUUAGCUUAACCGAUUUAACUCUUAGGUUCACUAUUAGUCCCGAGUGUUUCUUUUUCCAUGUCAAUUAAAUAAAUAAAAACAACUUGCAAAUUGUGGUUGAAAUUAUUUGUUGAUCUUAUAAAGUUAAUUCCUGUUAUAUUUAUUUAUCUGUAUUGUACUUAACCAAUCACAAACACCCAAUCAUCACCCUGUGAAUUCAGAAUCAAAAUCAUAGGAAACCAUAGGAAAACUACAGCACAGAAACAGGCCUUUUGGCCCUUCUUGGCUGUGCCGAACCAUUUUCUGCCUAGUCCCACUGAUCUGCACACGGACCAUAUCCCUCCAUACACCUCCCAUCCAUGUAUCUGUCCAAUUUAUUCUUAAACGUUAAAAAGGAACCCGCAUUUACCACCUCAUCUGGCAGCUCAUUCCAUACUCCCACCACUCUCUGUGUGAAGAAGCCCCCCCUUUAAACUUUUCUCCCCUCACCCUUAACCCAUGUCCUCUAGUUUUUUUCUCCCCUUCCUCAGUGGAAAAAGCCUGCUUGCAUUCACUCUUUCAAAUCUUUUUAUUAUUAUUAUCCAAAAUUAACAAAAGUAACAAGAAAUAGGCAACACUUACAAUGUCUCAAGAAAAAAAAACAUGUUUUAAAGAUUGAAAAAAUUUUGGUGGCCAAAAAAAGAGGAAAAAACCCCCACUAAGCAAAAGCCCCUACUAAUCAGUGAGAAAAAAAAAACCAUUAGGUGUUCAACCCCAGAGCCAUGCGUCACACAAAAGCUUCUAAAGAUAAACAUCAAACCGCCAGCAAGAAAAAAAAGUACCAAAGAUUUACAAUUAGAUCAUGGAGGAAAUCUAUCAAUUAACUCAAAUGAGGAGCAAACGAACCUCAUCUUUUCUCAAAAUCAAACAUAGGUUCAAAAGUUCGACUUCUAAUUUUCUCCAAACUAAGACAUAGCAUCACUUGAGAGACCAUUGUGACAAAGUGAGAGCCGAUGUAUGCUUCCACUUCAACAAAAUGGCCCUCCUAGUUAUCAAUGUAACAAAUGCAAUAACAUGUUGGUCAGACAAAGCAAUACCACCGAUAUUUUGAGGAAUUAUUCCAAAAAGCACAGUUAAUUUGUUAGGUUGUAAAUUAAUUUUAAGUGCUUUAGAAAUUGUAGAAAAAACUGACUUCCAGAACUGUUCCAGUAUAGAACAGGACCAAAACAUGUGUGCCAGUAUAGCUGUCUCAGUUUUACAUCUAUUGCAAUAACUAUCAACAUUAGGAAACAUUUUAGACAAUCUCUCCUUCGUCAAAUGGUAACGAUGUACAAUUUUAAAUUGAAUCAGUGAAUGACUAGCACAGAUUGAAGAAAAGUUAACCAACUUCAUAAUCCACAACCGGUCCUCCAUUAUAAAAUUUUUAUAUUUAUUUCAGAAUGUCCUUGUUUUUCUGACUAAGAAGUUUUUUGAUCGGAUUGGUUCUAUUAUUUUAUCUUUUAUUCGGAAUAAUAAAAGACCAAGAAUUAGUAAAUGUCACUUACAAAAGUUGAAAAAGGAUGGAGGUCUCGCUUUGCCUGAUUUAAGAAUAUAUUACUGGGCUGUUAAUGUGCGAUAUAUGUUCUUUUGGUUACACUGGAUUGAUAAGAACGAUUGGCCAAUUUGGGUAGAUUUGGAACUGAAAGCUGUGAAACAGUUUCAUCUAACUUCGUUAUUGGGAGUGGCUUUACCUAUACAAUUAGCUAAAGUUGCUAAUUUAAGCAUUCUUUACAAACUUGGCUCCAGUUCCAUAAUUUUUUUAAUCUUAAAAAACUUAAACUUUGUCGUUUAAUUUAUCGAAAUUACUUUUUUAAGCCUUCUUUGAGUGAUCCAAUUUUCUUACUU